AUGGAUAUUCUCAACCAAACUGUGAUGACAGAGUUCAUUCCGUUGGCUUCUCCAGUCAUCCUACAACUGUGGAUCUUCCUCUCUAUGGUCCCACUGCUGAUUUACCUGCUCACCCUCAUGGGGAACAUGCUCAUCAUUUCCAUCAUAUGGCUUGAAUGUCGCCUGCACACUGCCAUGUAUUUCUUCCUCAGCAACUUGUCCUUUCUGGACAUCUUGUUCACCUCGUUCAUUUCCCCUACAAUGCUGGAACCAGUGACAGAAUUCAUCCUUCUUGCUUUUCCUGUCCUCUGAGAGAUACAGAUUUUCCUCUUUGUGGUCCUCUUGAUGACUUACCUGCUCUCUGUGAUGAGAAACGUGGUCAUUAUUUCUCUCAUAUGGACCAAUUACCUUCCCCACACCCCCAUGUAUUUCUUCCUGAGCAACUUGUCCUUCCUGGAUAUCCUCUUCAGAACUGUCAUUGCCUCAAAGAUGCUCUCCAACUUCCCGGUGGAGAGGGAAAGCAUCUCCUUCACUGGCUGCAUCACCCAGACUUACUUUUAUUUCUUCCCAGGAACAGUAGAUUUCAUUCUCCAGGCUCUCAUGUCUUUUGAUUGGCAUGUGGCCAUAUGCAACCCACUGUGGUUCAAGGUCAUCAUGAACAGCCGGGCCUGCUUCCUCAUGGUUUGGGGUGCCUUCCUCACCAUCCUCUACCUCAUCGUGGUGUUCAGGCUGCCCUGCUGCAGCCAUUCCCUCAACCAUUUCUUCCGCGACAUUGCUGCCUUUCUGCAAGUGGCCUGUGUUGAGACCCACGUCAUCAAGCUCAUCGACUUCCUCCUGUCGUCCCUUGUGGUGCUCAGCUCCUUAGUGCUGACGGCGGUGUCAUACGGCUACACCAUCUCCACCAUUCUGAGAAUCCCGUUGGGGCAAGGGAGGCAGAAAGCUUUCUCCACCCACAUCUCACACAUCACUGUGGUCACCAGCGCCUACAGGAGCUCCAUCUUCAUGUAUUUUUGUCCCAACCAGAGCUGCUCCCUGGACUUCGACAAGGUGGCUGCAGUGUUCACAACAGUGGAUACUCUGCUGAACCCCUUCACAUACAGCCUGAGGAGCAAGGUCAAAGAGGUGCUGAAGGACACUGUCAGCAGGACACUUUUCUCCAAGGCUGCAGGUCCUUGA